AUGGCCACCCAUCUUAUCUCUCCGUCGUCAAAAGCUACACCGUUGGCAGAGGUAGAUGCUGAGACUGGAUACAUCAGCAAUAUCGACGAUAUCAGACGUUUGGAGUAUCCUUCUCUCAAUGGGACCACAUAUCUCGACCAUGCAGGCACGACCCUGUACGCCAAAACAUUGAUCGAGAAUUAUUCCAGGUCUCUGAUUGACAAUCUGUAUGGGAACCCUCAUUCGGCUUCGGCAGCCUCACAGCUAUCCUCCCGUCGUAUUGACGAUGUUCGAGUCGAAACAUUGCGAUUUUUCAACGCCGAUCCGGAAAAGUUUGACAUUGUCUUUGUGGCAAAUGCUACCGCGGCCAUCAAGCUUGUUGCUGAUGCAUUUCGAGACCAGAAUGGUGGCUUCAAUUACAGCUACCACGCGGAAUCUCAUACCAGCCUUGUUGGUGUUCGGGAACUUGCGUUGCCUGGUGCUCUUUGCUUUUCAAAUGAUGUCGAGGUUGACAAUUGGCUGAACAGUCAAGAAAUCGGGUCAACGACCUCGGAUUGUCCGCCAUCAUUGUUUGCAUAUCCUGCACAAUCAAACAUGACCGGUCGGCGCCUGCCCAUGGAUUGGUGUCAAAGGGUGCGAAACGCUAGCUCCGUCUCUCAUACUCCUAUGUUCACCUUGCUGGAUGCGGCUGCCCUGGUUUCAACAACUCCGCUCGAUCUUUCCAACAAUGACAUUGCCCCCGACUUUGUUGCCUUAAGUUUCUAUAAGAUCUUCGGGUUUCCUGAUCUCGGAGCCCUGAUCGUGCGGAAAGAAUCUGGAGAUAUCUUACGCAAGCGGAGGUACUUUGGGGGCGGUACUGUUGACUCGGUGACGGUGCUGAAGGAUAAUUGGUAUGCUAGAAAGGAGUCAUCCCUGCACAGUUGCCUCGAAGACGGGACUGUCCCUUUCCAUAACAUCAUUGCACUUCAGUUGGCCUUACAGACCCAUGCCAAGUUUUACGGCUCAAUGAGCAUAAUCUCCAGACAUGCAAACUUCCUGGCCUCUACCCUAUGGCGAAAGUUGGCUGCUUUAAAACAUGCGAAUGGGAUGAAUGUGUGUACAAUAUAUUCAAAGGGGUCGUUCUUUGGGUCGAAUCAAGGUCCCGUAAUUGCUUUCAACUUGAAAGACGAAAGAGGUGGGACCAUUAGCAACAGUGAGGUUGAGAAGUUGAGUAUCGUGAAAAAUAUUCAACUCAGAACUGGUGGCCUUUGCAACCCAGGAGGUAUCGCAUCACACCUGAGUUUGUCUCCGGAAGAGAUGCGACGCAAUUAUGCAGCUGGUCAGAGAUGUGGCAGUGAAAACGAUAUCAUAAACGGAAAGCCAACUGGUGCCAUUCGUUUGAGUUUCGGCGCCAUGAGCAGCAUGGAAGAUGUGACCAAUUUCCUACAUUUUGUCGACGAGUUUUAUGUCAGCUCCAUUCGCGUGGAGACAAACCUGACCUCAACACAAGUUGAUACGAUGAUCCCUCCCUCCGAUACAUAUUUCGUCGAGAGUUUAUCGGUCUUUCCAAUUAAAAGUUGUGCGGCCUAUAAGAUUCCAUCAGACGUUGAAUGGGAGGUGGGGUCGAAAGGACUUGCGUGGGAUCGUGAGUGGUGCCUUGUUCAUGCUGGAACAAAUGUCGCGUUGAGCCAGAAAAAGUUCCCUCGGAUGGCGUUAUUGCGCCCAGAGAUUGACUUGGUGAAUCGAGUGCUCAGAGUAUCAUUUGACACUCAGGGUAAUGGUACUGUUAGUUUUGAUAUCGGUUUGGACUUUGAGCAUACCUCAAUGGGUCGUCGCAGCCCAUACGAAACAAUGACCAACAGAUCAUCCAUCGUAUGUGGUGAAGAUGUGGAUGUUGAAGUAUAUACUUCAAACGAAGUAACGAGAUUCUUCAGUGAUGCACUGGGCGUCCCUUGCACAUUGGCUCGAUUUCCGAAAUCUGGAACUGUUCGUCAGGCUCAAGUGCGGAUACCUGGCAGUAUUCCUGGUAAGAUGGGCAGAGAAACCGGUAGAUCAAUCGCAUUGGCGAACGAAAGUCCGAUUCUAUUGAUAUCGCGAUCAAGCGUCAACCGCUUGAACGAGAAGAUCAAAGAAAGUAGGGGGGUCGGCAAAGCAAUUGCAGCAGCCUCAUUUCGGGGGAAUAUUGUCAUUGCAGAAGAUUUUGGCGUAAGCCAAAGGGAAACGCCUUAUGCAGAAGACAACUGGGAGUCCAUCAAAAUUGGAAAUAACAGCCAGAAUCACUUUGAAGUUCUUGGACCAUGUCAAAGAUGUCAGAUGGUCUGCGUUGACCAGAAAAAUGCGGAACGAAGGCAGGAGCCAUUCAGCACAUUGUCAAAGACAAGAAGGAGUCAUGGGCGAGUUUGGUUUGGUAUGCAUAUGUGUCUGACUCCAACUGCAAGCGAAGAUUCUGCAACCCCUGUCUAUAUUCGAGUUGGCGAUCGAGUGACACCAGCGAUUGGUAGUUCGUGA